AUGUCUGCAGUCAAAGAACAACCUUACCAUGAAAUAUACUCCGACUUUUUGUGCAGCCCUGUUGAAGUUAAUCAGAUUCCGUCAUACCGCUAUUUCAAUCCACAAGAUGCUGUCUAUGUCGAUUCUAAUCAAAUAAACUGGCAGCUUCGGAACACCCAACGCACAGGUCUGCCGUCGGAACUGAAUAUUCUUGGAUCAUGUGACCUCCUGGCUGGUAGUUUGAACAUGCAAUCGUCCAGCCAUGCGCGGUAG